UCUUACGUCUGAAGGUCGUGCCUGUGGCGGCUUGUGAAGGGUCGCGGGGGCUUGUUUCACAACCGUGACAGUUUUUAGAUAAACAUCUUGGUCAGUGUAUAUUCUCUAAUUCAAAUGAUAACCAGUAAACAAUAUGAACUUCACUAGCAGUUUCUGUAUGAUCAGAAAAUAAACUAUUAAAUUCAAAAAACUGUUAUUCAGUCUUCAUGAGCACUUGGCAACGUUGGGUGUUCUUAUUCACCUUAUCGGCUCUUCUGGCGUCAUUUCUCGCAAAUACAAUAUUUUUCUGUCUUUUUAACUUAUACAACCAAGACAUUUACGUCAGAAAUAGCAUUAAGAAGGUGUCUGUUCAUGCUGAGAACGUUCUUCCUGAAGACCAAUGGUUAGAAUUUUUGUAUAAGAAGACUCAUGUAAAGUUCUCACAUGGUAUAAGUAUUAAAGAGGCGUGCCGUAUGGAUAACUGCUUCGAUUACACACUGUGUCAAUCGGAAUUUAAGGUUUACGUAUAUCCUCUCUCGCCAAAACAAGCCAAUCUAUCUUUAACCUAUCAAAAAAUCCUCACCGCUUUGCAUAAUUCAAAACUUCUCACAUCAGACCCAUAUGAAGCUUGUAUAUUUAUUCCUAGCUUGGAUACUCUAGAUCGAGAUCGUUUAAGCCCACAUUUCGGUCAGUAUAUAGCUCAUGAACUCGUUAAUUUACCAUUUUGGAAUUCGUUGCCUAGACGAGAUCUUGAUCCUGAUUCACUCUCAACCACUACUCAAAAGCCAUCAGAAUAUGCUGGUCGUAAUCACUUAAUAUUUAAUUUACAUGCAGGCACUUGGCCAUAUUAUCAUGAAGAUGAAUAUCGUUUAUGGCUUGGCCAAGCCAUGUUAGCUAAAGCCAGCUUUUCGACUAAAUAUUUUCGUCCAAAAUUUGAUAUUUCUUUACCACUUAUUCACUCUCAACAUCCUUUACAAUCAGGGUCAAGUCAGUUGGAUCAAUUAGUGAGCAGUGAACAUUUACGUGGUCGACUUGAUCUACCAUAUCUUUUAAGUUUUAAGGGUAAACGUUAUGUCAGUGGGAUUGGAUCAGCAUCACGUGAUAUACUUUUUCAUUUACACAACGGAAAAGAUAUAAUUAUGUUAACUACUUGUCGUCAUGGCACAGAUUGGACACGAUAUGCUGAUAAACGUUGUGCUACAGAUAUGGCUUUAUAUGAUGCAUAUGAUUAUUGGGAAUUAAUGUAUAAUUCCACGUUUUGUCUUGUUCCUCGUGGUCGACGAUUAGGUUCAUAUCGGUUCUUAGAAGUUUUGCAGUCUGGUUGUAUCCCAGUUAUGUUGAGCAAUGAUUUGGAACUUCCGUUUUCUGAAGUGAUUGAUUGGAAUCGAGCAGUUAUUUGGGCUGACGAACGAUUACCUUUAUUGCUUCCAUUAAAUCUACGACGUAUUACAUCUCAUCAGAUAAUUCAAUAUCGACAACAAGUAAUGUUUCUUUGGCAUACGUAUUUAUCUUCAAUCGAAUCAAUUGUUCUUACAACACUUGAGAUUAUACGAGAUAGAGUUUCGCUUCGUCGUCGGAGUUACGAAAUUUGGAAUACAUUACCUGGUGGUCUCAUAGUUUCGCAUGUAGAUUCUAUGGACAGUUGUGAUGUAGCAGUCCAACGAUAUCCGAUGCAUUGUCAAUCCGAAAUCAAGUCAGGUUUCACAAUGUUAAUUCCAAUACGUGCAGAACUUUGUGCCGUUUAUUUGGAACGGUUAAAAUCUCUCGGUAAAAUUCUGUUCCAUUCCGAAUUUUUACGAAAGAUAAUUCUGAUUUGGCAAUGCAAGAAUUUUCCACCAAAUAAUAAUGAAGUAAAAUCUUAUGCUCCAGUCCCAGUUGAAAUCGUUCUCCCUGACGAACGCUUUACACUAAGAUAUUCUUCUAAUUCUAUAUCUCCAAGUGUUCGUUUUCAACCUUUUCACGAAAUUCCUACCUUGGCUGUGUUUGCAUAUUCAUUAAACCUGAACAUUACAGUUGAACAGUUAAAUUUCGCAUAUCUAACUUGGCAAGAAUUCCCUAAUCGUUUAGUUGGAUUUCAAGCUCGUUCACAUUAUUGGAAUACUACAGAUAACCUAUGGAAAUAUGACGAUAAUCCAUCGGUGAAGCAUUUUUCAAUAGUUUUACUAAAUGGGGCAUUUUAUCAUCGGUUAGUUUGUUGCUUUUUUUGUUUCUCUUUUAAAAAAAACGAACACAGUUGGAGAUAAAACAAAAUAUUAAAAACCAGCAGACACCUUAAUAUUUACAGCGUACAGUGCAGCUGUUCAGGUUGCGUUGUUCUGUGAGCAAAUGACGAAAGUAUUUCUCAGGAUGGUGUCAUCAAUACAACUCUGUAUGUAAUAAUGCUAUGUAGAGCCUGCAAUUCCGCGCUUAACCUCAUCACUUGUCGUCUUAAUUUCAAGCAAACAUUGGUCAUACCCGACUAUUAUUUUGUAUCCAUGUAAUCAAUUAGUUGAUCCCCUACACACUAUCAAAUCGAUUCAUCCAUUAUACAGUUGUACUGAUUAUUGCGUUUGUCAAAUAGAUGUGGAAAAAAUACUGAACCUGAUAACUUGUGAUUUGUACACAUAUUGGUCAAACUAUCUCACUGUUUUUAGGUAUCUAGUGUAACAAAUCUUAUUUUCUUUUGUCUACGUUUUUAUAGUUAUUAUCAUCAUCUGUAUCAAACAUUAUUGGAUCGUAAACUUCACGAGAUUGUCAAUGUAUUUAAUAACUGUGAAGAUAUCCUUUUUAAUUGUCUUAUAAGUCAUGUAACUAGUUUACCACCAAUUAAAUUAUUUAGUACAAGUCAUAUAGAACAAAAACGAUUGUCAACGAAUGAGAUAUUAAAUUUAACUGAAUUAAAUACUUACCGCGAACAGCGAAGUCUAUGCAUACAAGCUUUUUCACAACAUUUUAUAAAAGUCCCAUAUACUGGAAAACAUUCUAAUCAUAAUAUUAAUAGUCAGUAUAUUAGUGGAAGAGAUACACCCGAAUUAUAUUUACCACUUUACGAGAAUUCGUAUAGGUAAGAGAAAAAUAAUUUUUUUCUUUUUCAAAGUUUGUAACUUUUUUGUUCAUCUACUGAACUGAUUGACUGUUUUGGGAUUUCAGUUCAUUGUAAGAAAUAUCAUAGUACUCUCAUUGGGUAAGAUUUGAUGUCAUUUGUUUCAGUUCUGAUUGGUUUUUACUAACAUGGAUUCACGCAUUAGGUAGAUUAUUUGGCUUGAUGAACAGUUUUCUCAAGUGAUAAAAUACACAUCAAUCAAAUUGUAUGUAAACGGAAUACACCCAUUAAGAUAUUAAAUACGAAAAAUCAGUUCAGCAAAGAGUUCUCUUUUCGGCGAAUUCACUUUCAAAGCUGUACAAUCGCAAAUAUAUAUACUCAUUUUACAAGAUGAUAAUAAACUUCUCUUAAACAUGGUGACAAUGAGGCAAAAUAAACAAAUUUUAUAAAACAAGGAAGGUUUAAUAAUCGUUUGAUUGUUAAUGGCUUAAGUAUUCAUCAAAAGAUAGAUAGAGAAACGAUCAUUGGGAAAGGAUGGCUCAGCAUGAUAAAAUAAAAUGCAAUCAGGAUGAUCGUAGAAACAGAAAUAAACUAGUUGGGGGUAGAAAAUUUAAGGGGAAGAUGAAGCAGAUGGCUGUAAAGGAAGAAGAGUAUGGAGAAAAAAAUAUAAGAAACUGAUACCAUGGUAGAAGAAGAGGUUGUACCAAUUUCUUGCACACAUAAUUCUGGUUUUUCCAGAUGUAUGGCUAUUGCUUCGGCAAUUCAAAGAAGAUGCAAUCUAAUUGUUUUUGAAAGACUUCUACUUACCUUGUACAAGACCUUGAACGCAGAGUACGUCUCGAUUGAGUGACCUGUCUUCACAAGGUGUUCGAUUAUUGAACUUCUUAUUAUGCCGUUUACUUCUCUUUAGCCACACCGGGUAAUGUUCUUAAAUUCUUUCAGAUAAAAUACGCAUCGAACGACCUAUAUACCUAACUCCAUCUUUUUUGACUUCGCUAUAUCGAUAUUACACCACGAAUAAUUGUAAAUGUUCAAUUUGAAAUGCCCUAUUGUAGCGUCAAUGUAUGUGGUAGAUUCAUGUGUGGGGCGACUAUAAUCAACACUGAACAGUUUCGAUAAGGAAUAUAGUACAAAGCUAGAGAAAUUCGUGUGCUGUAUUUGUUAACAAAAUCCUGACUACAAUUUUUAGUAAUCUUUUACCUAAAUGUUUUUUCCCGUUAUUUGUAGCAUAUAUCCUUCGAUGUGACUUUUGAAAUAGUCAUAAUUCCUCAAGCUAAAAAUUUAUGACAAGAACUUAAAGCUUUGGAAACGAAUAAUGUAAAUAAUUUAAAACAACUCUGUAGAUUAUAAUGUAAUAAAUAAUUUUUACUGUUU